AUGACUUCGUCAAAAAGGGAUAUCACGAUUUUGCAACCGUGGCUGGGUGACUUGAAAGCUGGCUACAACAGAAAUAUAACAUCGCGACCGAACUACUUCCUCCACUCCACUUCCACGUCUCUAAUCACGACCUCUAACCUACACUCUCUACACCUCGGCACUGGCGAAUCAAUAUAUACUUCUCUACUUCCACUUCUGCGAUCCGCAAAUGAGGAGCUGAUCCUGGUGACUUGCUUCUGGGCAACCUCUGCCACCCAAAGAUUGGUAAAUGAUGCGCUCAAAACGCUAUCGCAGAAGGGCAUCAGUAAAGGCCGCAAGAUUCGUGUCAGAAUCUGUUUCUCCUCAUCCUCGAUACUCCAAAAGCUUCUGCAUCCACAGACCCUUAAUGGAAAGGUCUAUCCUCCUGAAUCAUGGCAGUCUACACUGAACCUUCCACACCCGAAUCAACUGCAAGGUUUGGAUAUGCAAGUCAAGAGUAUCUUCCUCUUGCCGUUCUCGGUUAUGCAUCCGAAAUUUAUUCUCGUGGAUAGGAAAAUGGCGGUAUUGCCAUCCUGCAACGUGAGCUGGGAAGACUGGUUUGAAGGUGCUGUGACUCUGACUGGACCUGUGGUUUCGUGCUUCGUCGACUUUUGGAAGGAGUUCUGGGCACAGCAAGAAGAUCGUGACGAACUUCUUAAUCUCUCUCCCGAAAACCAGAACUUGGUUGCCGAGAUAUCUCAACAAUCACAAGGACAACUGCCAUUGCACAACACAUUGGACUUGAAAGAUGUACCAGCAAUCUUCCUGCCCUCGCCCCAUCACCGCAAUCCAGACUUCAGAUUACCGUGGCAAGAGCAUUCUGCUCCACCGCCAACACCAUUGAACACCUUUCUGCUUCGCAGUCUCCUCUCCGCCGAGCGAGAAGUCUACAUCCAAACACCUAAUCUCACUGCUGCGCCUGUCCUCAGAGCUAUCUUAUCAACCUUGCAACGCGGCAUAAACAUCCACAUCGUCACCAGCGAAAGGCUCAUGAUACUCGAGCAACUAGUCACUGCGGGCACUACAACCUCUCGUUGCAUCACAAAACUCAUAUCACGAUACCAGGACGUUUCUUCCCCAUCAUCUCCUUCUGAUCUCGAAGCCGGCAGAGGUAAACCAGGGAAGCUGAGGAUUGAUUAUUUUGUUCCUAGGAGAGGUAGUGGAGAUAAGGAACCACAGCAAAGCCAUCUCAAGUGCACGAUUGUGGAUCAAGAGUUGGUUAUUCUUGGAUCGGGAAAUUUGGAUCGGGCGAGUUGGUAUACUAGUCAAGAAUUGGGAGUUGCAUUCUUUGACCAGAGUUUUGCUCGGAAGUUGUUGGGAAGUCUGACGAGUGUGUUGCAGGGAAGGCUCAAGUCCGUUCUAUAG